AUGCAUGUGUCUCCCGACUUCAUAGCCACAGGCGGCAAUCGGAACCCUGCUGCGGCCGACUGGGACGACGCUGGCUCGCAGCUCUUGGCUUUUGGCGCUGACAAUAAUAUUGCGCUGUGGGAUCCUCAAGAUGAAGGACUACGCGGCGUACAGGCGAUACUGAGUGGACAUGCCAAAGCCGUGAAUGCAGUCAAGUUUUUUCCUACUCUAUCGCCAGAUGUUUCGGUUUUGCUCAGUGGAUCAGCCGACAACUGCAUCCGCAUAUGGCGGGGCCAGAAAAGUGACCGCUUUGAAUGUGUAAAAACGAUAUCUGAGCAUCAACAGCCCGUCACGCGCAUUGCAACACUAUCGGGAUCAGACACGUUUGCUACUGGUUCUUCGGACGGCACGGUCAAGAUCUGGAGGCUCGUCCACGACUCCGGCUUUGCUUCAAUCGACGCGGAACUCGUGCAGACUAUCACGCUUUCACCGAAAUACUUUCCAUUGAAUCUAGCACUCGCCACACUAGAUGAUACGUCGUCAGUGUUGGCGGUAGCAGGGACUCGUAGCACCAUCCAGAUAUUCGUUUCUCGAGACACUCAAUUCCAGCUCUCGGCUACGCUGACGGGACACGAAGGAUGGAUCCGCGCACUAGCAUUCACCAGAGAAACAUCGGAUGCAAAUAGCGACCUAUUACUUGCGUCAGCAAGUCAAGACAAGUACAUUCGUCUCUGGCGACUUCACCGCGGCGACGAACUCCCUGCAGCCAGCACCGCACUCAACGACCCGGCUUUGGGCGGCUUUGGAAAGUCACUGUCGAACAAAGCACACUGGAUCAGCUCAGCCACGUCCAAGUACUCCAUCACAUUCGAGGCUCUGCUCCUGGGACACGAAGACUGGAUCUACCAAGCAUCAUGGCGGCACCGCAACGGAAAGCUACAACUGCUAUCCACCUCGGAAGACAACUCCCUGUCCAUCUGGGAGUCUGAUCCCACGUCCGGCGUAUGGGUCUGCAUCACGCGGCUGGGCGAAAUCAGCGCGCAAAAGGGAUCCACGAGUGCUACCGGCAGCGCAGGAGGUUUCUGGAUCGGCCUGUGGUCGCCAGACGGCAAUACCGUCGUGUCGCUAGGCCGCACAGGUAGCUGGAGGAAGUGGACGUUUUCCCCUGCCGACGACAUGUGGACGCAGCAAGUCGCCGUCACCGGCCAUGUGCGAGAAGUAAAGGGCGUGUCGUGGUCAAGAGACGGCUCGUAUCUGCUCACCACGGGAACAGACCAGACAUCGCGUCUAUACUCGCAAUGGAAGCGCGACGACAAGCCCCCCUCGUGGCACGAGUUCUCGCGCCCCCAGAUCCACGGCUACGAUCUUAACUGCAUCGAAGCAAUCUCCAACACGCAGUUUGUGUCCGGUGCAGACGAGAAGCUGCUCCGUGUUUUCGACGAACCCAAAGGCGUAGCGCACAUGCUGCAGAACCUAUGCAACAUCGAGACGUCGACGACAUCAGCGGACCUCCCCGACGCAGCCAACAUCCCCGUUCUGGGCCUCUCGAACAAAGCCAUCCAAGCCGUGGGCGACGACGAAGCCACUGAAAACGGCAACCAAGACGACAAUGACGAGCGCGACGCCAUUGACCCCUCGUCCGUCGUCCGCAAAUCCACGCUCGACCUGCACCAGCCCCCUUUUGAAGACCACCUCGCGCGCCACCUGCUGUGGCCCGAAACGGAGAAACUGUACGGUCACGGCUACGAAAUCUCCGCCUUGGCCGUCAGCCGCGACGCCCGCCUCGUGGCGACUGCGUGCCGCGCGAGCUCCAUCGACCACGCUGUCAUCCGCCUGUACGACACGACCGAGUGGCUGGAAGUCAAGCCCCCGCUGAAAGCGCACUCGCUGACCGUCACGGCGCUCGAGUUCUCGCCCGACGACUCGUUCCUGCUCAGCGUCGGCCGCGACCGCCAGUGGGUGCUGUGGGAGCGCCGCGACGACGACGCAGCGCUGUAUGUGCAGAAACACGCCAAUCCAAAGGGCCACUCCCGCAUGAUUCUCGAUGCUGCGUGGACACCCCUGCAGCAGCCACACGCUACGUUUAUGACUGCGGGCCGCGACAAGAGCGUCAAGAUGUGGCAGAUUACAGACACCGAUGUGCAGCUCAAAGCCAGCGUGGCGGCCAACGCGCCCGUUACAGCUGUGGCGUGUAAUCCAGUCAUGGCGGACAAGAACAUUACUUUUGCGUUUGGCACGGAAAACGGAGAGCUGGGCAUCGGGAGCAUGUCGUCUGAGGCGUUGGAUCAGGUUAGCGUUGCCACGGUUCAGCCGCAUUUGUUGCCUGCCAAGACGAUUAACCAGGUUGUCUGGCGGCCCGGCAGAGAGGGCCAGGCGGCGCAGCAGAUUGCGGUUGCGAGCGAUGAUACGUCGGUGCGGGUAUUCAAUGUGGAAGGGGUAGCGUCCUAGAAGACAUGUCAUUGGUGAGAAA